AUGCUAAACACAAUCACGGCUGCCGGCAAACGGAGGUUGUCUCGUUCCCAGGGUCUAUCCCGAAACCCGCUGCACUCCAGGACGGUUCUCAAACAAGUACUAAGAAACACAGCACGUAACCCUUCCCGCCCGCAGCCGUACGGUCCGCCAUCUUAUGGCCACAGCGCCGCCGAGCGGCGGGAAGGGGUUUCACGCCGCUGUAUGUUUAAGCCGGCAGGCACGCUGUGCCUCGGCGCGUGGCUCUGGGACGGAGGGGUGGCAUCAGGCAGCGCUGUGGCCGCGCCUCGUGCCAUGCAUGCAGGGUGCCUGCAGCUCCUGGGGCGGCGAAUCAGCAAUCGCUCCUCUCCUGAGGAGAAAGGCAGCGAGCCCAGCGCUGAUGGCAGCAGCAGCAAAAGGCAAAGGAUAAGGAACUGCGAAGAUGAAGCUCAUCUGCAGUUAUCUACUACAAAACCUCCCGAAGAAAGCGAAAUGGUUUCAUCGGAAGUAAAAAUCAUCCAGCAAACAUCAACAAAUCCAGUAAUAACACCUUCCAACCCUGCUCACAAUGGCCGUGUAUGCAGCACAUGGGGCAACUUCCACUUCAAGACUUUUGAUGGAGACAUCUACCACUACCCUGGGCUCUGCAAUUACGUUUUUGCAUCCCAUUGCAACACUCCCUAUGAAGAAUUCAACAUCCAGAUUAGGCGUACGCUGGUGGAAAGUGUUCCUAUAAUCUACCGCAUUACCAUAAAACUUGAAGGUGUAGCUGUUGAGCUAACAAAGGAUACUGUCCUUAUCAACAGCAACAGAGUUCAACUGCCAUACAGUCAAGCUGGAAUUACUAUAGAGAGAAGCAGCAUUUAUGUGAAAGUUGUCAGCAAAGCGGAUAUUGUAUUUAUGUGGAAUCAGCGUGACAGUAUCUUGUUAGAACUGCAUGAGAAAUAUGCCAAUCAGACCUGUGGUCUCUGUGGGGACUUCAGUGGCAUUCCAGUUUACAAUGAGUUCUAUUCAAACAAUAUCAGAAUGACAGCCUUACAGUUUGGGAAUAUGCAGAAGUUGGAUGGGCCGACAGAGUACUGUGAAGACCCAACUCCUUCCUCACUAGAUAAUUGCACAUAUGACUUUGAUGACAUAUGUCAGAAAACAUUGACCAGUUUUGCAUUUGCAGACUGUAAUGGCCUAGUUAAUGUUAGUGAGUAUAUUAUGGCUUGCCGAGAAGACUUGUGCCGCUCCGAAGAGUUAAAAAAUGCCUCAUGUAUCUGUGAUACUAUUGCUGAGUACUCCCGGCAGUGUGCUCAUGCUGGUGGGGAACCUUUGAACUGGAGAACCUCAAAACUGUGCCCCAAGACAUGUCCUUACAACAUGCAGUAUUCGGAGUGCAGCUCCCCCUGCACUGACACAUGCACUAAUCCUGAACGAUCUCAGUUUUGUGAAGAGCACUGUAUGGAUGGUUGUUUCUGCCCCCAAGGAACCGUUUUUGAUGACAUAAACAAUUCUGGCUGCAUCUCCCGUCAGCAAUGCUCCUGUAUUUACAAUGGCAACACUUAUGCUCCAGGAACUUCUUUCUCAGAGCAGUGCUAUUCCUGUACAUGCAGUGGAAGCAAAUGGAAUUGUGAAGAUAUGUCAUGUCCAGGAACAUGUUCCGUAGAGGGAGGCUCGCACGUUUCGACAUAUGAUAAAAAGCAUUAUGAUGUCUAUGGAGACUGCACUUACGUCCUUUCUAAGCACUGUGAAGAUGAAAUAUUCACCAUCCUGGUAGAACUACGCAAAUGUGGCAUGACAAGCACUGAAACAUGCUUACGGACAGUGACCCUCAGCUUGAAUAAAGGACAAACGCUCGUUGAGGUCAAAAGUGAUGGUGGUGUGUUUGUGAACUCAAUCUACACCCAGCUGCCAAUCUCAGCAGCCAAUGUCACCAUCUUUAGACCUUCAUCAUUCUUCAUCAUCGUGCACACAAAUAUUGGUAUCCAGGUUGAAAUCCAGAUCACACCCAUCAUGCAAAUGUUUGUGCGAUUGGACCCUGUGUUCAAAGACCAAACCUGUGGUCUUUGUGGAAAUUUCAAUAAUGUCCAAACUGAUGACUUUAAGGCCAUAAGUGGAGUAGUUGAAGGAACAGCAGCAGCAUUUGCUAAUACAUGGAAAACUCAGGCUUCUUGCCCUGAUAUCCAGCACAUCUUUGAGAACCCCUGUGCACUCAGCAUUGAUAAUGAAAAAUAUGCUAAGCAUUGGUGUGGGCUACUAACUGACAGAGAAGGACCUUUUGCUGAUUGUCAUUAUCUACUGAGUCCCUCUACUUACUACAUGAACUGCAUGUUUGACACGUGCAACUGUCAAAACAGUGAGGGCUGUCUGUGCGCAUCCCUUUCUUCCUAUGUGAGAGCUUGUGCUGCAAGAGGAAUCCAAAUAAAUGGGUGGAGGACUAAUGUCUGUUCAAAGUACACCACCUCAUGUCCCAAAUCCCUAAGUUACAGCUAUAACAUCGAUUCAUGCCAACCCACGUGUCGCUCUCUAAGUGAGCCUGAUAUCACAUGCAAAAUUAAGUUUGUCCCAGUUGAUGGCUGCACCUGCAUAAAUGGAACCUACAUGGACGAAAGUGGCAAAUGUGUGCCUGCUGAUGAAUGCCCCUGUUACUACCGAGGAUCUCCCAUACCACUUGGAGAAGUUGUCCGUGAAAAUGGGCUUGUAUGCACUUGCAUCCAGGGAAAACUGAAUUGCAUUGGAGAACCCGAUCAAAUUCCAGUUUGUGAAUCUCCCAUGUUCUACUUAGACUGUAGAAACAACACAGCAGGAACAACUGGAUCAGAGUGUCAAAAAAGCUGUCAUACUCUGGAUAUGCAGUGUUAUAGCACACAGUGUGUAUCUGGCUGUGUGUGCCCAUCUGGACUUGUGUUAGAUGGGAAGGGUGGUUGUAUUCCUGAAGAGGAAUGUCCAUGUAUUCACAAUGGAGCCAUGUAUCAACCCGGGGAAAAGAUCAAUGCUGACUGUAAUACCUGUGUGUGCAAGAAUAGGAUGUGGGAAUGCACCAAAAAGCAAUGCCUGGGCACGUGUGCUGUUUACGGAGAUGGACAUUAUACCACCUUUGAUGACCAGACAUUCAGCUUCAGUGGAAACUGCGAAUACACGUUAGUCCGGAACCACUGCGGGAAGAGUGACACAGUGAAUGGGACCUUCCAGGUUAUCACUGAAAAUAUUCCCUGCGGCAGCACUGGGACAACUUGCUCAAAAUCUAUCAAAGUUUUCUUAGAGCACUAUGAACUGAUACUCAAUGAGGAGCGUGUCAGUGUGAUACAGAGAGGACAAGGUGGUGAAGUACCAUUCACAGUCCGUUACAUAGGUAUGUACACAGUGAUUGAUACCACCAGCGGACUGAUCCUCAUGUGGGACAAGAAAACCAGCAUCUUCAUCAAGCUGAGCGCUGAAUUUAAGGGUCGGAUCUGUGGCCUCUGUGGAAAUUAUGAUGGCAAUGGCAUCAAUGACUUCACUACAAGGAGUCUGUCUGUAGUGGAGAAUGUCCUAGAGUUCGGAAACAGCUGGAAAGUAUCCUCCACAUGUCCUGAUGCUCACUUCUUAAAGGACCCAUGCUCUACCAACCCUUAUCGAAAGUCCUGGUCAGAGAAGCAGUGUAGCAUCAUCAACAGCAAUGUCUUUGCUGCCUGUCACUCACAGAUUGAACCAGCAAGAUAUUAUCAAGCCUGUGUGACAGAUGCUUGUGCCUGUGACUCUGGAGGAGACUGUGAUUGUUUUUGUACAGCAGUAGCUGCCUAUGCUCAAGCAUGUAAUGAAGUUGGUGUCUGUAUAGCCUGGAGAACCCCAUCAAUUUGUCCACUGUUCUGUGAUUACUAUAAUCAACAAGGAGAAUGUGAAUGGCACUAUAAGCCUUGUGGAGCCUCCUGUAUGAAGACCUGUAGGAACCCAAGUGGAAAAUGCCUCCAUAACUUGCCAGGUUUAGAAGGCUGCUACCCCAACUGCCCACCAGACAAGCCAUAUUUUCAUGAGGAUCAGAUGAAGUGUGUCAGUCUCUGUGACUGUUAUGAUAAUGAAGAUGGAAAGAUAUAUAUGCGGGAUAAAUGUCAAUUAUGCGAGUGCACAUCAGAAGGUUUACAGUGCAAGUUUGAUGAUAAAGCAUGUAACUGCAUAUAUGAAAACAACAUCUAUAAAUAUAAUGAACUCAUCUACAACACCACAGAUGGAAGUGGAUGGUGUUUCCAUGCAACAUGUGAUGUCAAUGGAACAAUAAGCAGAAAUAUAUUUGAAUGUGGAAUCACAACCACCCCAAGUACCUCAUUUACAUUUUCUACCAGUCAACCUACAACAGCUGGUACUUCACAGCCAAGACACACUACAGGCACUUCUGCAGUCUCCAGUUCUUCCCCCACCACACCUUCCACAACAGAAGCAAGUGGAACAACUCCAUGUUUUUGCCACGUGUUUGGUGGCUUGUUUUCUCCCGGAGAAGUUGUAUACAACAGAACAGAUAAGGCUGGAUGUAAUUUUUAUGCACUUUGCAGCAAAGAAUGUGAAAUUGCUCCAUUUCAGGGGCCAUGUCCUGUAACAACUGCUUUAACUUCGGUGUCCUCAGAGGCUACAACAGAAGCCCCCUCAUCCACAGCAACAUCCCUCACAGAUUUACCAGAAAGAAACUGUACUGAUGUCAAUCCUCCACGAAAGCCUGGAGAGAGAUGGACAAAGCAGUGCGAGGAGUGUGUCUGUGAUCCACACACUGCUACGGCAGAAUGUCAGCUGCUCCCAUGCGAAAUAGAGGGAGUAGUUUGUGACGUAGGAUUCAUUGCCUUUCCUGUAAUACCAGUAACAGACCCGUGCUGUCCUGAACUUGAAUGCCGGCAACGUCCAAACACCUGUGAGAUUAAUGGUAAAAUAUAUGAGAGUGGAGCAUUUGUAAUAGAUUCAUGUAAGAAUUGUACCUGCUCUUCUGAGAAAGGGAAAAACAUUGUGAAGUGUGAAGCACUUAAAUGUGAAACAUCUUGUCCACCGGGUCACCAAUAUAAGAUUGAGGAUGGAGAGUGCUGUGGGAAGUGUGAAGUAUCAUCUUGCAGAAUUCAUCUAAAUAACGAGACUGUUCUGCUCGAAGUUGGUAAGAUUCUGCCACUUGAUCUGUGCAGCCACUACAAAUGUGAAAUAAUUGAAGAUCAAUACGUUGCAGUUCAAACGAAACGAGUAUGUCCCGACUACGGUCCACUGGAGUGCGAUCCCGAUGAAGCAGAGACUACUUCUGAUGGCUGCUGCAAGAUAUGUAAACCUACUAACUGCAAAGCUUACAGCACAAAAACUGUAAUCCAAUACGAAGACUGUGAAUCUCCUGAAGCUGUUGAGUUGGGAUACUGUGAAGGGACUUGUCCUGGCUCCUCCAUGUAUUCUCUUAAAGCAAACCAGAUGCAACAUGACUGUAGUUGCUGCCAAGAGCUCAGCAGCCACAGAAGAGACGUGAUCCUGAAUUGCCAAAAUGGAACAAGCAUAAACUAUAGCUACGUCUACGUGGAUCAAUGCCAGUGUAUGAACAGGUGCAACUCACAAAGCCUUGCAGCAGACGAUUACCAGUCAAAAAUCAGCCAAAAACAGACAUGA